AUGGAUAGCUUCAUGAAGUAUUUUAAUCGAGAUUCGAGUGACGAUGAAGCCAAUCAGAGUACCGUCGAUGGCUUAAAGGAAUACCAUGACAAAAAUGAGGAUGAACUCGGCGACGUUUCACUUUUGAAGUCUGUGGAUUCUCUUAGUCCCGAAGAACUGAACAGACAUUUGAUACAUAAAAUUCAGAGCUUGGAAGAGGAAAACGGCCGGUUGGCGGUGUCUGGCUGUUGUGAAUGCGGUAAACCGGAAAACGGCAAGAAAAAGGCGACAGACUUUGGUGCCAGAAAGAUAUCGCAACUAACGGAGAAAGUGCGUGAGUUGUCGUCCGAAUUGCAAGCAGUUAAGUCGUUGUGUGCAAACAAUGCGCCCAAAAACACUGUGGACGAGUUAGACGUGCAGAGGUUGAGGGAACAGUUGAACAUUUCUAAUCAAAAGACGUGCAACUACCGUGAUCAAGUGUCUCGACUGAAAAAGGAUUUGGAAAUCGUCAAGACGGCGUUGUCGAACGAGACCGGUGAUUCGACUUUGCGGCAGACAAUCUUGACCAGUACGGGCUCUUGUGAUCGCAGGGGACGAGCUCAGUAUAUUAUGCUGUUACAGAAAAAAAACAGUGAACUCCAAGCUAAACUAAAUUUAGGUGGUGGUGGCGGCGUGAACGGCGAGAGUGUUGAUAAUUUAUUGAAAAAGAAAUCAUUGGAGGACGCUAGACGUGCAGAGAAGGAACGCCGCCUGACUGUCGAACAACAGUUAAAGGAAGCUCGAGUCAAAUACAAUGACUUGUUGACGGUUUCCAAAAAAUGGGAAUGCCGCUGCAAAGCUUUAGACGUCGAAAUGACUGUGCUGAGGGUUCGACUAGAAGAACUACAAUUGAAAUCCGAACAAAACGACAAAACCAUCGAAGAACAACAGGCAGAAAAAACAAUUGAGCAACAAUCGAAAUCUUUGGAGGCUAAAGACUUAAUAAUAAAACAAUUGAAAAAUGAACUGAAAAACAAUACAUCUAUUCCAAUUGUAAAAACAGUGGAUUUUUCGAAUCCAACGAAUGAGGUGGUGCAUAAAUAUAAACAACUAGAGAACCAACAACUUCUAGAGUUGUUGCUUGAUGCUCACAGACAGAUCCGAGAACGUAUUGCGGCCGCCAUCGAUUUAAAAAAUCAACUGUUGAAAGAAAAACAGAGAGUGAAAAAAAUAGAAUCUAAAACUGGACUGGCUAUGAAAACUGUGUCGUCUAGGAAUCUAGUCUGUCGGUCAUCAUACCAGUCACUUAACGAACUCGGGUCGAUAGCAAACCAGAGUGAACUAAAAAACCAAUUAGAUUUGGUAAAUGAAGAGAAUGUUGCGUUGAAAACCCACAUCGAUACUCUGGUCAUGAUUUCCGAGGAGAAAGAACAGCAGUUCAUUAAAGCGUUGAACGACUUAAGCCAAAAGUUUACCAAUGCUAAUAUAUGCAAGUGCACUAAUACCGAGAUCGUUGGUAAGACGAGUGCUUUGAAUAGUGAGUUUAAAAAUAAUUCACAACUAGUGGACGAGACAGGAAAAUAA